CUUCAACGAUAACAAAGUUUACUGGUACUUUAGGCGCUCAUCAUGUUCUCCAUGUACAUCACCUACUGUUCCUUCAUGAAGUUCAACUCGACCAUAGAGAGAUUCGUCAAGACAAACAUCAACAGGAACAAGCAUCAAAACGCCGCCCAAACGUUGCACGCCGCGGGCCCUCAGCCGGCACAGCGCGGAGAGAGAAGGCCCUCAGCCCCCGUCCUCCACUCUGGCACCAAGUUCAGACACGGUCUCCUACAGCUGAUGAUCCAUACCAUCGACCCGCUGCACGACGGGCUGGAGGAGGAACCCGGGAAGGUGGACGAGAAGGCGACGCAACUGCACGCCAUCGCCUCGCUGAAGGUGCUGCUCGACGCUACCAAGCCGCAGAAUGGCCGCGUGGAGACCUACCGCUCGGAUGGCCUUGCUCCCGACCCUCGUCCUGACAAUCAGUCGCACGUAAGUGGCCGCUCGUCGCAGGGCACCGAGGUGACGCACGUCGACUCCCUGGCCUCCUCGGACGCCGCGUCGCACAGCGGACCCCACACCAACGGCGACCUCCAGUCUGAGGGCAACUCCGUGGCUAACAACGUGAGUUAUGGCACCAACUCUGUGCGCAAGAUACCUCCUAAGGCACCACAGAACGGCGACAACAACGGUGUGACCCCGGCACUACACCCGGCUGCCCCCGAGGUCACGGAUACGGAGGCCGCCCUCCCCCCUCCACCCGCGGGUGAUGGGGACGACGAGGAUGAGACCAAGCCUAUCGACCUCCGCUGGCCCGACACCUGCAGGAAGCGGAUCACCUACAUUGUGGUGGCCCCUCUCAUCAUCCCUCUCUGGAUCACUCUGCCAGACACCAGAACUCCCAGAGGAAAGCGGUUCUUCUUCGUGACCUUCAUAGGAAGUAUCCUAUGGAUCGCCGCCUUCUCCUACCUGAUGGUGUGGUGGGCGUCCCUUGUAGGAGAGGUGAUCAACAUCCCACCUGAGGUGAUGGGGCUGACGAUCUUGGCGGCGGGUACAUCGGUGCCUGACCUCAUCACCUCCGUUAUCGUGGCCAGGAAGGGCUUCGGAGACAUGGCCGUGUCAUCGUCCGUCGGCAGCAACCUGUUUGAUGUGACCUGUGGGCUGCCCAUCCCCUGGCUACUGUUUGCCUUGGUGCAGGUAAUCAAGAACGUUCUCAAUGACGUCGAGAAUCCAGCUAGUAUUGACCCCAUCGUUGUCAACUCAGGUGGGAUGGCGUGCUCCAUCAUGAUGCUGUUCUGUAUGCUCAUGUUCGUGAUCAUCUCCAUCGCCUGUUCCAAGUGGAAGAUGAAUAAGGGCCUUGGCACCACUAUGUUCGUCCUCUACUUCAUCUUUGUGGUGAUGUCUCUAUUAUUCGAGUAUGAGUUUUUCUCAUGCCCUAUUUAAGAGAGCCAGAAGCCAGCUAUUUAUGUUAUGUUUAUGUGGUGUAACAGGACCUUCAAAGUCUUCUCCAGAUGCUUACAUAAAGCAUCUCUUAAGAACAGAUGGUGACAUGAUCUGUACAGGACCUCUCUGUAACCUCUACAAUUCUUGGGGGUUCUUUUGU